UCAGCCUCCGCCGGAGAGGACAAGGCGCUCUGACACUUAGAGUUUACUUUUGUCUUUGGAAAGACAGCAACAUGUCGGAGACUGCUCCAGUUGCUCCUACUACUCCUGCACCCGCGGAAAAAACACCUGUGAAGAAGAAGGUGAAGAAAGCAGGCGCAGCGGCUGGAAAACGCAAGGCAUCGGGACCCCCAGUGUCAGAGCUCAUCACUAAGGCGGUGGCAGCUUCCAAGGAGCGCAGCGGCGUUUCUCUGGCCGCACUUAAGAAAGCGCUUGCGGCUGCGGGAUACGAUGUAGAGAAAAACAACAGCCGCAUCAAGCUUGGCCUCAAAAGCUUGGUGAGCAAAGGCACCUUGGUGCAGACUAAAGGCACCGGUGCUUCUGGCUCCUUCAAACUCAACAAGAAGGCGGCUUCCGGGGAAGCUAAGCCUAAAGCGAAGAAGGCGGGCGCUGCCAAGCCUAAGAAGCCCGCAGGGGCAGCCAAGAAACCCAAGAGGGCGACUGCUGCCGUUACACCCAAGAAAAGCGUGAGGAAGACCCCUAAGAAAGCAAGAAAGGGGGCAACAGCUGCUGGGGCCAAGAAAGUGGCCAAGAGUGCGAAAAAGGUGAAAGCAUCCCAGCCGAAGAAAGCUGCCAAGAGUCCAGCCAAGGCCAAAGUUCCUAAACCCAAGGCAGCCAAGCCUAAAGCCGCGAAGCCGAAGGUUACAAAGGCGAAGAAGGCGGCUCCGAAGAAAAAGUGAAACUGGCGGGACGUUCCUCUUUGAAAACUUAAACGGCUCUUUUCAGGGCCACCUACAGAUCUCAGUCAAAAGAGCUGUAACUUUUCUUGGAGGGGUUGCUGUGGGAGUGACGGACGGGUCGAUCCUAGUGAAGCAAGUUGGGGUUCAAGUAAGCUCACCGCUCCCUGCAGCCUGGUUUCGAAGAUCCUCCGGUCUCAGCCACAGUCACCGGAGUGGCUAGGGCUACUAGACCCACUACCCCUGGGUUUUUCUUUUAAGUUCCCGCCCUAGUGCGUGAUUGGGUAGCUGAUUUAAAGUGAGGCGCCUAAAAGUGGCUCUGAAACGAUUUUUACCUGGUAUAGGGAUAUGUUUUAAAUGCUUUGCUUUCAUAUGGAGAUUACUUUUUGAGCUACAGCCCUUCCUGGUUUUGAGCAGGCUUUGCCUGCGAAGGGUUCCUGCGGCCCGCGAUCUUGUGUAACCAAUCGUUGGCGAUGGUCAGUUGUGGGUGCCGCCGAGUGCCCGUCUUUUCGCAGGCAUUGUUACCCACUUCGUUCUGGGGUACCGGCGGUCAGGUACGUUGCUGAAAACUGGCAUUUUGGGGCCGAGCGCGGUAGCUGACGCCUAUAAUCUCAGCACUUUGGAAGGCCAAGACAGGUGGAUCAUGAGGUCAGGAGUUUGAGACCAGCCUUACCAACAUGGUGAAACCGUCUUUAGUAAAGAAAUACAAAAAAUCGCGGGAGUGUGGUGGCGCGCACCUGGAAUCCCAGCUACUACGCGGAGCCUGAGGCAUGAGAGUCGCUUGAAGGGAGACGGAGGUUGUAGUGAACCGAGAUCGCGCUGCUGCAUUCCAGCCUGGGCAACAGAGCAAGACUUCCUCUAGGGGGGAAAAAAAGGCAGUGUGGUUAUUGUGUUUCUUUUCUGUCAGUGGCCAGCGUCUCCAGGACUUAUUUUCCCAGGGUCUCUCUUGGCUGUUAACUUAUUUCUGCCUACUCUAACUUUGUAGAAUGCUUCCAGGUAACACUAGCGUGCUGGCCCAACCAUCUCAGAGUAGCUCUUUGCGGAGGACGCGGUAUAUUAACCCUACUGGCAACUGUAGGCCCGCAUGGGAAGAGCCGGUCUUGUUUGGUGCGAGUUCGGUCUUGUUUCCCUCGUCCAUAUAAUGUUUGGGGAAAAGUGCAAUUCUAGUAUUAAGCCAAUCGGAGGAAGAGGUCAUCAAUAGUCUCUGUCUCAGUUUUGUAAACCAUGCUUUUCCAUUGGUUUGCACGGCCUGCUGAAUUAACCAAUCAACUUAUUUUUAAAUUUUUAUUUGCGUGUUUUUUCCUAGAGGAUAUUUUUCACCAGAGCGCGAUAUUAAAAUUUGUGUAUGCUGGGAUAUAAGUAUUGCUGUCACCCUGAGGCUAAGGGAUAGUGAAAAGUAUGAAAGGAAAAACCUUGGGGAAAGCAGCAAGGAGCCUGAAAUUGGGGUUACCAGGACAAAGAAAAUGAGCCAUAGGAAGGUGGGCUGACCUGUAUGUACUACUAUUUCCAUUUUAUCUGGGAGGAUGAGGUGGUGUUUAAUUUUGUAUUUGAUUUUAGGAAAGCCCACUUAACUGUACUGAGAACUCUGGACAUAAUCUGAUUUCUACAGAUGUUUAUGGGACUUUAGAUGGGAAAAGGUUACAUCAUUUUAACAAAUCCUAAAUGCAAUUUGGUAUUUCCUUUGUGAGUACACGCAGCUAAUCACUGGAUUUCACAUCAAUGAUAAUCAUAGAUAUUUUUAUAUCACUUUGAACUUAUAGGUAUAGUUUAAUUGUGAACCUUUCAAACAUUAUUACACUUACUGCUACAUCUUAUUUGAUGUGUAACUAAAGUAUAUACAGCUUUAAGAAAAAAACUUUCAUUGUCAUUACCUUUCUUGCCUUGUAUUUUUUUUAAAAAAACAUGGUUUUGAGAAGCUGUCUAUAGAUUUCCAUAAUCUAGAGUACAUAGCACAAAACAAGUCAUAAACUGUUUUUGUUUGUUUUUGACUGAGUUUAACUCUUGUUGCUCAGGCUGGAGUGCAGUUGUAUGAUCUUGGCUCACUGCAACUUCUGCCUCCUGGAUUCAAGGAAUUCUGCUGCCUCAGCCUCCUGAGUAGCUGGGACUACAGGCGUGUGCCACCAUGCCCAGCUAAUUUUUGUAUUUUUUGUAGAGAUGGAAUUUCUCCAUACUGGCCAAGAUGGUCUUGAUCUCUUGACUUCGUGAUCCCCCCGGCCUUGGCCUCCCAAAGUGUUGAGAUUACAGGUGUGAACAACCGUGCCUGGUCCAAGUCAUUAAUUAUUAAACAAGUUUGCAGUGGGACAAAAUAUUAUAAGGCCUUUAUGAAUGUAAUACCUCUUGAUCUUCUUUGUUUACAUUAUGUUUAUUCGUUGUUUUAUAUUUUACAUUAUUAUUUGCCUCCCCCCCCCAAAAAAAAGAUGUAGCCUGUGAUAUUUUUCUAGUUAUAAGCAGGAGUUUAAUUUUUUGGGUACCACGGGCACAUCACACAAUUUCUUCUUCGUAGAGAAAGCCAAAAUACCUCCCUAUAUGAGAGUGGCUUGAUUGAGAAGGAGAUCUGAAUAAAUGGGAGGAUGUGAUCUUUUUCUUUUUAAAUGGAGUUUUGCUCUGUAGCCCAGACUGGAGUGCAGUGGUGCGAUAUUGGCUCAUUGCAACCUCCGCCUCCCAGGUCAAGUAAUUAUGCGUCAGUCUCCCAAGUAGCUGGGAUUACAGGCACGCACCACAGUGCCUAGCUAAUUUUUGUAUUUCUAGUACAGACAGGGUUUCACCAUGUUGGCCAGGUUGAUCUUGAACUCCUGACCUCGUGAUCUGCCCGCCUUGGCCACCUAAAGUGCCAGGAUGACAGGUGUGAGCCACCGUGUCCGCUCGUGAAAUAGUUAUUCAAAAUAAUCUUUUUGAAAAUAAUAGAUUGUGUCAUUGAGUAGGAAAGACAGGUAUUGGGGUGAGGCAAACUUCUUCACGCUCUGAAACUUCAAUGAAAAUCCACAGAAAAAAGACAGAUUAAUAGCAAAGUCAUACUUCAUCAUAGGCUUUUGUGACAUGGGAACCUGCAGAAUGAAAGCCCAGAAGUACAGGGGAAACUAUCCAUUUUUAUGCUUAGGUUCAACAAAGUAGCAACUGCCAUGUAGAAAUGUCAUUGGCCAGAGUGUUUCAUCUAAUGCUAAUAGCCUGGGGAAACACAGCAAGGCCUCUGUGUCUAGACUCUUCUUGGCCUCUGCUGAGAUUCCUUCUGGGUAUGGGGCAGGACCCUCUGGAAUGAGAGAGGGUCUACGACCUACAGCUGAACAAUGUAAGACAUGUACUUCUUUAAGGCUUUAUGGUUUUAUGAAGAAAAAGGGGUUCUGGUUUCUGUAACCACCUUGGGGAAGAGGGGUUCUAGUUUUUAUGUGUAGCCUCAAUGAGAGGCCAAAGGAGAACAGGAGGUCAGAGACAAACUUCUGCUUCUGAGGGUGCUUCUAAGGCCUUCAUUUUGGGUCAUUAUUUCCCAAUCCCCAAUGGGGAAAAGAGAUGUGGGAAGUCUUUAAUACCCAAAAUGACAAGAUUUCAACUUUUGAUGAAAAGUGAUAAGGAUUAAGAGAAUUAGGUGGGGAAUGUAGCAUUCCUUAAGAACAAUCCAAAUGACUAUACUAUACCUGUAGUUCGUUACUUUUACAAAGCAGUUAUUUAACUGCCUCACUGGGGCAGUUAUAAUGCAUUUAUAUUAGGUAGAGCUAAAAUGUUUGUUUUACCAUUAGGAAACUUGGGGCUUAGAAAAGAGAAAUGACAGGAAAUGACAAUUUGCUGUCAGUAAAUGGUGGACCUAGGUCUCAAACAAGUUUAUUGAUUCCUAGUAUCAUUCUUACACUGCUUCACUUCUGUUACAUCCACUGGAAAAGGAGUGGUACUGAGAAAAAAGCAGAACUUAUAUAUUUCUAUUUCAGGCCCCUUGUGAAGUACCCUGUAGUGUUCGCGCCAAGGGCUCGAGACAGCUAGUUGACUCGCCCCAGUUUGGCUGCUGGACCUGUACUGCAUUUCCUCACCUCGAGGGCUGUCGAGUGAGACAGGGCCGUGAGCUGACUCACUAAAAGCAACAACAGAAUGCAAAGCAAAGGCCUGCAGUUUAUGAGGACAUUAUGCUGUCUGCUUCCAUGUCCCCAUCAGUCUCUGUGUAAUUGCAAUAAACUUGCUGCAAUUGAGAUGCCUGAGAGGAGCAGAGACCCCUGCCCAUAUUUUCCCUGGAGCCAAGCCUUUGUUUUAGCUCCUGGUGAAAAAGGUUUAACCAGCCACCUUAAGGGUGCCAUUGUAUCUUUGAAAUGUAAAAUCUUUGAAAUGUAAACUCCUAUCACAAGCCCCCUUAAACUGCUUUCUGAGCGGAUAUUACAAGCCCCUGAUAACUAUUUCUGUGGAGUUUCUAUUUCCUUUCUGUUUACCACUUUUUUCUUUCUACUGAGAUUAAGUAAAUGUAACAAGAAAAAAGUAUAAAAGCUGUAACCCACAAGAAUAAAAUCGCUGUGGCUGUCGCUGUGGCUCGCUGUGGCUGCUGCUGUGCUGCCCAGCCCUCCAGACUCUACAUUUCUAUAUUCUUUCUCUUCUGUGCACUCUCUCUCUCAGGUUGAACGAGACAUCUACGUUGGCGGUCUCGGGGACUCCCGCAGGUCGGUAGUCCCCCAGCAGACGUGCCGGACCCCGACAGUACCCAUUUCACAAUGUUUGGAAUGCUACAGAAGCAAUUAAAGAUGAUUCAAUCAAGGA